GCGCGAUGGAGCCGGCUGAGGGCUGGGACCCCUACGGGCGGCCGGCCCGGCGCACGCAGUGGCUGGUGAGCGCCCUCGCCUACCACUACGGGCUGGACCGCGGCGUGGAGAACGAGAUCGUGGUGCUGGCCACCGGGCUGGACCAGUACCUGCAGGAGAUCUUCCACCACCUGGACUGCGCCGGGGCCGGCCGCAUCCCCGGCGAGGAUUUCCGCACGCUGUGCCAGGUGCUGGGGCUGGAGGAGGCGGCGGAGCCCGAGGAGUGCGCGGGGCUGUGGGACGGGCUGGCGGCCGGGCUCACCUUCCGCCAGUUCCACGCGCGGCUCUGCGGGCUCUUCAGCACCCGGGCGGGCGGGUCCGAGCCGCGCCUGCCGCUGGGCCGGGACAGCGAGCACAUCGAGACCCAGAUCCGGCUGCGCAGCCCCCGCCGCCGCCGCCGCGGGCACCCCCCGGCCGGGCGGGCGGGCCCGGAGCGGCGGCCGGCGGGGCCCUGCUCCCCGGAGUGCUACGAGGAGAUCGUGGCGCUGGAGCAGGCCGAGGACCGCAUCGCCAAGCUGGAGGAGGAGAACGGCAGCCUGCGGGAGCUGGUGGAGGACAUGCGGGCCGCCCUGCAGAGCAGCGAUGCGCGCUGCCUGGCGCUGCAGGUGGGACUGCGGAAGAGCCAUGCGAACCACAGGGAAGAGGGGACCUGUUCCAUAGGGAGUAAGAGACCAUUACCACAGAACCACUCCCAGAGCAAGUGCCUCCAAAGUGUCCUGAAGGAAAUGGAGCUCAUCCGGAGCUCCAGGGAUGGGCAAAUCGAAGAAGCGAUCAGGUUCAACCAGGAGCUGGAAAGGGAGCUAAAGAGCUCUCAGGAAGCCCUGGUCAGUCUGGAGGACUGCAACCGUAACCUGAAGAGGGAACAGGCAGAGAUGAGGAGGAAGGUGGAAGAGGCAAGACACGCCGUCCUGAACAGCCUUGGCAAAGUGAGGGAGCUGGAGGUGAAAGCCAACGAGGUGCCACGUCUGCAAACACACAUCCAGCAGCUGGAAUCGGAACUGCAGCACUACAGGUCGGGGGUGGAGAGGAGCCGCCCGGAGCAGCAGGAGGGUGCAGGGCCCCGCGGUCCCUCCGUGGGGCGGCAGAGCCGCGGAUCCCCCGCCGGAGGAGCCGGGACUGCUGAGCACGAGGAUCAGCUGUUCCGCUCCGUGGAGGGCCAGGCUGCCUCUGACGAGGAGGAGGAGAAGUGGGCAGGGGACCAGGCCCCCCAGCCGGGCCACAGGAAGAAAACACUGGCCAAGCUCCCUUGCUGCAGCAGUGGGUGUGAUGAGAAGACCUGGAAAAAACUGAUGUCUUACUUGGAGAGCAGCAGCACUGCUGGCUGUGAGACUGAGACAGCCCCUGCAGAGCCCCCCGAGAGGCUCCCACAGCUCCCGGGGCAGCUGGAGCUCAGGGGCCAUGGAGGGGAAAAACUGGAACCAGACAUGGAAGAGGUGACAGGGCCACUGCUGGGGGAGCUGCAGCAGAAGGUGGAGGAGGCCGAGCUGCUGAAGAUGGAGCUGCAGAUGCUGGAGACGGAGAGAGUGAGGCUGUCACUGGUGGAAGAAAAGCUCAUGGAUGUUUUACAGCUUCUUCAACAGCUCCGAGACUUGAACAUCUCCAAGAGAGCCCUGGGGAAAAUGUUGCUGAGCACUUUGGAAUCCUGCCGUGCCCCCCAACCUGGCAAAGCCCACCUAUUUGAAGUCCUGGAUACCCUUCAGCAGGAGCUGGCAGCCUGUGAACUCCUGCACCAGGAGCCUGUGGAGCAGGGGCAGAGCCCCCAGUCCCUGUCCAACGCCCUGGUGAUCUCGUGCUGAGCCGCAGCACCAGCGACACUGCCCGGCCCAGCACCCCCUGGGCAUCACACAGAGGGGGGACACUGGCCAGCUCAGCCACCCCACACUGCCCAAGGGCACCUGAGGGAUCCAGCCCUGCCGUCCAAGCUGUGCUGCCCUGGGAAGGGCAGCAGUUCCUUGGCUGAUUCCCAGCUCUGUCUUGGUGAGGGUUCAGUGCCUGUCUCCGUGAAACCUCCCCAUCCCUGGAGGUGGCUCUGGGACUGUCCUGGGUCACCAAAUAAAACUGUUCCAGACACACUCACCUGACCACUGAGACUUCCAGCCCUGUGAGCUGGGCACAGUUUUUAGCUUCCGUGAACCUGUGUUAUCCCUGGCAAGGAAACAGCUUCCUGAACGUCCAAGUGACAGUGACUGUGUUACAAACACACACAGCAGUGGGUGCCAGUAGCGCAAGUUUUAAGGGCUUUGUAUUUCUGAUUCAAUUAUUCACCUUAUUUAACUCUGAAGUCAGAUUUGUUAUUGCUCUGCUGAAUUUUAUAUUUGCAAUUGCAGAGAUGCCUUAGAAAUCUGCAACAGUCUCUCCUGACAAUAGUCAGACUUUACAUAAAAAGUCAAAUUUAACUGCUUGAAAAACAUCCAAAGCAAUCUUGUUCCCAGGAUCUCAGGGAAAGGAAGGGUUGGAAAAUUCCCUGUGCAACAGCUGUUGUUGUCGUGUUGGCAAAGACACGUGCAGGGCACAACUUGGUUCUCAAGUGUAGUUUCUCUCAGUGCAACUGAACAGACACAAAGCCAGACCCCACGUGCAGGAAAAUUAGUGUCAAAAGCUGGGCCUAAUCACAGUGCCACACAACGUUUUAACCAGCAAUAAAAUAAUUCCUGGGGACAAAAGCACAAAAAUAGGUUGAUUCCAAGAUGCUUUUGCUGUUUCAUUCAGCUGUCAAACAUGGAAAUUAAAGCAGCAGAAUUCCUAAAUGAUCCUACUGAAUUUGUGUUAUUAAAGGAUACACUGUAGAUCAUUUAAGAAUGUGGAAUGAUUUGCCUGAGAGAAUGCCAGCCAGGAAAUAAGACCAUUCAACUGUGCCUGUAUGAUUUUCUCCCAUGAAAAUGGUUUUAUACAGGAAUAAGGUCCACAAUGCAGUCUGGGGAAUAAGAAGAUUUCUAUUCUUUCUCUUCAGAAUACACUGUGUAGCUCACACACAACUCCAUUAAAAAUUGUGAUACAUCAGAGCCCUGUUGGUAACCAAAAUUUGCAUUAUUUUCAUUUUACAGGACAAAAAAAAGGUGUUUUGCAAACAAUGAAACAAACUCUAUUCAGUGGGGUUUUACCUGGUUGGGUGCUUGUGGUUUGGGUUUUUUGUAGUUUAACAGAGGAAGAAUUUAAGAAUUGAUGUAUAUUGUUAUAUUUUUCAUAAAGAUAAAUUAGAGAGGACAUACAUACAUAGAACAAUAUUCACCCUGUAAGAAACUGUCUACUAAUACUAAAUAUAUUACUAACAUAAUACCAGAGCAUCAUAUACUAUUACUUAGUAUAUACUAAAGAAUAUGCUCAUAUUAUACACUACAAAACCCACCCCCUGAAUGUGCAGCAGAUAACAACUGAGAUGAGCAGAAGUUAACUCCCUGCUUGGGUUCAUUUUCUAAAAAACCAGAAGUGUCAGCUUAUGUUUUGUGCAGGUCUCAGGCUUUCCCAGGAAUAUUGUAUGAGUCCAAAGAGAGAAAAUGCCAGGAUCUGUGUGCACAGAUGAGACACCUCAGGAGCAGGAUUGUGGUGGCUGUGGAUACCCCUGUGCUGCAGGAUACUUCCACCCUGGAAUUUGCAGUAUUUCCUGGAUCCACUCUCCACACAUGUGCAUUUGUGUGAUAUACACUUAUGCACACCUUGAGGUUGCUGUGCUCACUGUACACUUUUAGCACACUUUUUAGCAUCUUUUUCACCACUGAGUUCCCACUUCACUUUCUAAAGCAUUUCUAUAAACCCAGACAAUUAAAUAAACUAAUGUCCUGAUGCCAAACUGAGGGAGCAGCAAGAUGGGCUGAGUUAGUGCUGCCCAGCUUAUCCAAGCACCCAAACUGGAACUGGAAACCAGAACACGUCACUGCAAACCUGAGCUGGUGUUGAGGGAGAUGCAGUUGAGAUAAAAGGAAGCUUUUGUGAAUAAAUAAACAGCAUUUCACUGACGCAAGAAGCAGCAAAAUCCUGUCUUGCUAAGUUAGCUUCAAAUCCUGUAACACUGUUAUUUCUUUAAGAAAUGCCUGUGCCAGAAUAAUUUGUGAUACAUCAGCAUAAGCCGAUUAACUUUUCAGUGAUAAAAGCUGAUUAUUUUAACUCCAAAAAGUAAUUCAUAUGGACCAAAUCAGACUUGCACUUCUUCAGGAUGGAUCAAGAAACAGCCCUCAGCCAAAUUCUUGCUGUAAGUCAGAAGCAAUGCAAAGCACUUGAAAGACCUUACAAUUGGUUUUUUUCUUGUAUCUCUCACCUUCGUGUUUUACCCUGAGCCUGUCAGUAGUGUUGCUGAGGCUGCUAAAUAUUUCAUACAACUCUCUAUAAAUAUGUGAUUUGAAAUCAGUGGGACUGAGAAAUUUCUAGCCCUACCUCAAAAGCAGGUGGGCUUCCACAGGGUGAUGUGCUGUGUGUACAGGGAACAUCUACCCAGUUUGAACGGAUUUGCUAAAAAAAAAACCCUAUAUGGCAAAACCUGAAAAGAUAAAGCACAAUCACAAGCCUUCCUUUUAAAAAUUACAAGCACAAAUGCAGUGUUUGAAAUUUCUGCAAACACUUUGGUUUAUUGUGUGUUUACCAAAUGGUAACAAACGGCCACUUUCUUGCAUCUUGGCUUCUCAGUAAGGAAAAAACCAUCCCAAGGAGAGUGCACGUGCUGUAAACCUGCUUUCCAGCUGCAGCUUCGAAGGGUUCCUCAGGGUUUGCCUCUGGAAGGGUCCUGUACUGCUUUUGCAGUUAAAAAGCCAAGGGACAUCUGUAAAAGGGCAAAAGCAACCUAAUUAUGUUGGCUUUGAGCCUCUCUGGCUGAACUCUGGUGUGAUACCACGGCUGAGAUUUUAUCCCUCCCCAUCGUGCUCAUUCCUCAUUUCAGUAGAUUUUUCUCCUCAAGAAAAAUUCCAACUUACAGAAAGGACAGUUUGCUUCACCCCAGUUGUGUCUGCUGGAGAUUCCAUAAGGGAAUUUACCCCAGCAAAAAAGUUAUUCCUCAUCACCUCUUCUAUAUGUCCUGUCCUGCAGAGCAAUAAAUCCCUCAGACUCCCCAGUUUUGAAAGGCUGGUGUCCAGUCCUCCCCUAGAUGAGCUGCCUGGGGUAUUGUCAGCACCUUCACUCCUCCAGGUCUCAGGGGAUGUGACUGCUCACACGUCCCCUAAACCUGGCAGUCUAUUCUCAGAGAAUUUACAUUUCCUUACCCUUAACAGUUCAGCUCUAGGUCCCCACAAAUUGGGGUCAAAUUUGCUUUCCUAGCAGUCACCAUCUUCAUUUAUUAGUUUUCUAUUAAAACUGCACACUGGCCCUAAAAGGAAGCUGGGACAUUUCCUCCACUAUCUUCACUAUGUUUCCACAAAAACUCUCUGAUGUGACUUCACUCUCCAUCUCCCUCCCCUCCCAAUGCCCUCCUCACUUCCCCUUUGGCUGUUAUUCCCACUGGGAUAACCUCAGGCUCUGCACACCUUUUACGUUUUUCAAGAGGAGUUUCCUCUUCCCAUUAUUUUUUACCUUAUAUGAGCUAUUAACUAUUAUUACAUUGAAGCCCACCUGUUCUGUAAAGUUAUUCAAUAAUUACCUCAUUUAUUUCCUUUGGGGCUCUCUGGAGUGUUUGGCAGUGACCACUCAGCACAGAUUAAAUGGAAAUAAAUGGGACAGUCACUGAAUAACUUCAUAUGUCAGGAGUCCCACUGCAGUGAUGGAAGGCAGUUUGGGUUAAGAAGAAGGGAACACUUUUAAACAGUGCUGCAUAAGAUGGAAUUGCUUGGUAUGAGUGAGUGACAAUAAACUUUCCCAGCAUGUGUGUGACACUUUGCAUUACCAGCCUAAGGGUCUCUCUCAGAUUUAUAAUUUCAUGGAGUUUAAGGCACUGAAUGAAUCCUUUAGUAUUUACAUUAUCUUAUUUUCUUAAGAAUUUUAUGUAUAACUCCACAAACUAUAAAACCUAUAGAGUGUGUUUCUUAGUCUGAAAUUCAAUUUAAAACAUCCUUAUUUCCUUAAUUACACUUUACUUUCAAGAUACCAGGAUUUGCAGAGUUCCUGUUUGGUUUCUAUUCUACUUUUCUGUCUGUUCUUUUUGCCUCAGGAUGCCAAAACAGCUCAACUUUAUUUUGUCCCCUUGACUUUUUCAAAUUACCAUUUUUCCUUGGGGUUGAAAGCAUCAGACACCACAGCUGGACUGAGGACCUCAGCUCGAACCUCCUUGUUCUACACAGCUCACUCACUUCUUCACUGAGAAACAAACUUCCCUAAGUGAGACUCACUUCUUAAAUGGCAUUUUUUCCUAAAAUGCUUGUAUUUUUCUAAACUGUAGCUAUUUCAGACCCUGUCUGAAGAACUGCCUGCUCCUAGACUUAAUCCCCCAUCUAUUUUCAGACUGUGUUACAGUAGAACAAAUGAAGAGAAUGAAAAGCCUCAGAGGAAAUUCUAGAAUUCCUGG